AUUCUGUGAAUACUGUGAACCACUCAUUAAUUGGCUCGGUUGGCUGUGGUUUGCCGCAGUUUGCCGCCGUUUUGGCACUAUCGGCACCGCCGGUAUUUGUUACAUCCGUUUCGUAAUUCUGAGUUCAUUGUCCAGUGCCUAUCUCUUCCUUUCGCGAACCUUAAUCAGAUUCAAUUGUUGGUUUGGUUUCGACGCGGUAAAACGGUGCCGAGCAGUGGCGAAGGCAAAGUGGAACUCUCCAGGACGCAGACAAAUGGCUUGACGUGGUACAUGGCCGUGACUAGUCGCGACUAACUCUAGGAACGGGGUUCUCAACAAACUUCACAUCAUGAAUAUGCUGUGCUAAUACCGUGAAUGUCAAACACAAUGAGCUUCUCCAGCGAUGAGGUCAAUUUCUUGGUCUACCGAUACCUACAGGAAUCCGGUUUCCAACAUUCUGCAUAUACAUUUGGAAUUGAGUCCCACAUAUCACAGAGUAAUAUCAAUGGAGCCCUUGUACCACCAGCGGCACUCUUGUCCAUAAUUCAGAAGGGAUUGCAAUACACAGAAGCAGAGAUUAUGAUUGGCGAAGAUGGCACCGAACACAGAAUGGUGGAAUCUUUGUCGCUCAUAGAUGCUGUUAUGCCAGAUAUUGUUGCGACACGGCAGAAUCAGAUCAAUCAACAGAAACAGCAGGUGAAGACUGAAGGUCAAGAUACCAAUGGUGAAGAAGUUGUUACAUCCAAUGAAGGUGUAAAUAAUAGUGACCGAGGUGGGGAUCGGGGAACGGAGAUGGAAGUGGAUGAACCAACAACAGGUGCAAAUGCAGGGUCCAAUGUUAAUACCGUCGAAAUUCCUGCUAGUAAAGCGACUAAGUUACGUGGUCAUGAAUCAGAAGUAUUUAUUUGUGCCUGGAACCCAACAACUGAUUUAUUAGCUUCUGGUUCAGGUGAUAGUACCGCUCGCAUUUGGGAUAUGUCGGACAAUUCACAAGCUCCCAAUCAGUUGGUACUACGUCACUGUAUCCAAAAAGGUGGUACUGAAGUACCUAGCAAUAAAGAUGUUACAUCGUUGGAUUGGAAGUGUGACGGUACAUUACUUGCGACGGGAAGUUAUGACGGAUAUGCACGAAUCUGGACAACAGAUGGUCGUCUGGCAUCUACUUUGGGUCAGCACAAAGGUCCGAUUUUUGCACUAAAAUGGAACAAACGCGGCAAUUAUAUUCUGAGUGCUGGCGUCGAUAAGACGACGAUUAUUUGGGAUGCCGAAAGCGGACAAUGUACACAACAGUUUAGUUUUCAUUGUGCACCUGCUUUGGAUGUUGAUUGGCAAACAAAUACAUCAUUCGCAAGCUGUUCUACAGAUCAGUGCAUACAUGUGUGCAAACUUAAUGUCGAUAAGCCCAUUAAGAGCUUUCAGGGACAUACAAACGAAGUUAAUGCAAUUAAAUGGGACCCGCAAGGAAACUUAUUGGCUAGUUGUUCAGACGAUAUGAGUCUGAAGAUUUGGUCUAUGAAACAAGAUACUUGGGUACAUGAUUUGCAAGCACAUAGUAAAGAAAUCUACACGAUUAAAUGGUCACCAACUGGUCCAGGAACACACAAUCCGAAUAUGAAUCUGACAUUGGCGAGUGCAUCUUUUGACUCUACUGUUAGAUUAUGGGAUGUGGAAAGGGGUGUUUGCAUACACACGCUUACCAAACAUACCGAGCCCGUUUAUAGUGUAGCAUUCAGUCCAGAUGGAAAAUUUCUUGCUAGUGGUAGUUUCGAUAAAUGCGUUCAUAUAUGGUCUACGCAAAGCGGACAGUUGGUACACAGUUACAAAGGUACAGGCGGUAUCUUUGAAGUCUGCUGGAAUAGUCGCGGUGACAAAGUUGGUGCAUCUGCAUCUGAUGGCAGUGUAUUUGUUCUCGAUCUUCGUAAAUUAUAAUUAUAAUUACAUCCUAGAAAGUUUUAUUCCUGA